AUGAUAAUUCACGUUGAGCCAAUGCUAGUAAUAUUAAGUCAUCUUCUUGAAGUUCUAUUGUUGGUAUUUUAGACUCAAAAUAUUUUUCCACAAAUACUAAAGCCCUAUUGAAAAUAAUUUUUGAAAACACUAUUAAAAACAAAAAUUAGAAUUCAUAUUCAAUCAUAAAGAGAUACUUACCUAUUAACAAAAUUUCCAAAAUUAUUUAAUAAUUCGCUAUUAUUUUUGGUUGCUAAAUCUGCCCAAUUAAAAUUUGAAUCUUGCGUUUCGGGUCUAACGUAUGCAAGAUAAAAUCGCCAAACAUCAGCUGGUAUACCCGUAUCUCUAGCAUCAGUACCAAACACUCCAAUACCUCUCGAUUUAGAAAAUUUUGUAUCUUCAUAAUUGAGAUAUUCUAAAACCAGAUUGAAUCAUUAAUAAUUUAUUGUUUAAAUAAAAUAAUUUCAAAAUAUCUAACAAUGUAGUUCUUUUGUCUUUAAUAUAAAUUUAUACCUGUUGCCAUUAAAUGCUUCAAUAAUGUAUAAUCUUCAUUAGCUGCUAAUAAGUAAGCAGGGAACAUGAUUGCAUGAAAUGGAACGUUGUCCUUUGCCAUAAAUUGAUAUAGAUCAACUUGUAUAUCUUUAGGCUUCCACCACUGUUGAUAUUCCUUUGUAUAUUUUUUUGUAAUACUGAUAUAACCAAAAGGAGCGUCGAACCAAACGUAAAAUACUUUAUUUUCAAACCCUUCUAUCGGAACGGGUAUUCCCCAUUUUAAGUCUCUCGUUAUACAUCGUGGUUUAAGUCCAUCACGUAGCCACGGUUUUGCAACCACUCUUGCAACACUUGACCAUCCUUUUUCUACUGUUGAGGACCAUUUUUUUAACUUGUUUUCUAACUGCAAAAUAAUAUUCUCUAUUAAAAUAUGAUACGCUUAUAAUAAAUAAUAUCGCAAAGAAAAUUCUCACCUUAGGUAAAUCCAAGAAGAACUGUUGCGACUUUUUAACAAUAGGCCUAUUGCCACACACUUUACAUCGUGGUGAUAUUAGAUCCGUUGCAUUCACUAAAUGACCACAUCCAUCACAUUGAUCACCACGUGCAUCUUCAUAUUUACACCUUGGACAGGUUCCUUCUACAAAUCUAUCUGCCAGAAACCUAUCACAAGAUUCGCAUAAAAGCUGAUCUACACUUUCACUUAAUAUGUAUCCUUCUGAUUUAAUUUUCAAAAAAAAUGACUGCACAAUUCUGAAAAAUCAAAUAUUAUAUUGACUUUAAGAUAUAACUAUGUUAUACUUUUAAAUGAUUCUGCAGUUAUUAGAUUUAUUUUACUCUGUUUGUUCUGGUGUAGUUGUACGACCAAAAUAGUCGAAUCCUAUAUUAAACCAUCGAUAGACAUCAUUAUGUAUGUCAAAAAAUUUAUUACAAAUAUUCUGAGGUGUUGUUUUUUCUUCCAAAGCUUUAGCUUCUGUAGCAGUACCAUAUUCAUCAGUACCACUAAAAAUUUGUUUUAUUUUUAUUACGAAUUCAACACUUAAAAACCAUCAUUAUUAUCAUUACAUUAUAUAAGAAAAAUACAUACCUAAUAAAAAGAGUAUUAUAAUUUCUUUGCCUACAAUAUCUGUGAACAAGAAAUUUAUUUAAAAAUAUAAAUAUUUGUGUGACAUUAUUACAAAAUUUAAGUAUUAUGAGACAAACCUGGCAAAAAUAUCGGCAGAAAGAACACAACCAAUAAUGUUUCCUAAAUGAGGAACAUUGUUAACAUAAGGUAAUGCUGAUGUUAUUAAGAUAUUUUUUUCACCUUUUUUUGGCAACCUAAAAAUAUGUAAAUUUAUGUUGAUUAUGUAUUUAUUAUUUCUUUUAAGAUAAAAUAAUUUAUGUACAUUUAUGCUUACACAGGAUAAGGAAAAUUUUUUACAUCAGGAUAUGAUUUAGAAGACCAAUUAUUUGAAAUAUUCCGUAUUUCUUCCUGAUUAACAGCUUCCAUUUCUUUCUCUUUUGUUGGACUAAGCUGAAAUUAAUAUGAAAUAUAGGAAAAUGUAAUAAUAUAUAUUAAUAAUUAUUAAAGUAAGUUUACAUCAGCCGGUUUAGAAGGUUUAGAAUUUAAAAUAGCAUUAACAGGAAACCAAGAUGCAGCUUCAAUACUUAAAAUUGCUUUUAAGCCUCUCUCAAAACUAUAUUCUUUGAUAGAAUCCUAAAACAAUUAAAUAUAUAAGUAUCAUUAACUGUAACAUUGAUAUUAAUAAAAAAAUAUAACACUAAUAAUAAAACCUGAAUAACUGUAAGCAAUUCUAUAUUGGAUAACCAAUUUUUAAUUGAUAAAUAUUCUUUAUUUAAUUCAUUCCCAAUUUCUGUGACCAUUAUAGUAGACCAUAGAGUUACCCAAAUACAUAUAUCUGCCAAUGAUAAGUCAUUAUUACCCUAAAAUGAUUUUAAUUAAACUUUAACUUCGUUACAAUAAUUAUGAAUUAAGAUUACAUCAAAAUAAUAAAUUACCUUAAUUAAGUACUGCUUGUCUUUUAAUGCAUUAUUAAGUUCUUUUAAUAACGACCAUAAACAUGAUUUUUGUGAAGUUUUGUAAAUUCCUGUACUACCAUAAAGUGUUAUAGCUGGCUAUAAAAAUAUAACAGUUAUAAUAUUUUAUUAAAAUAUAUUAUGAAUAUCUAAAUCAAUUUAUUAUAUUUCACCUGUAACUGAGAUAUUUCCCAUUCCAACCAUUUAUUAUUAACAAUUUUAAAUUCUUCAGAUAAAGGUAUUAUGAGCUGCAUUGCUGCAUUGGUACUAAAUAAUAUUAACCCAGAUGGAAAUUCAAUAGAAGGUAAACGGCCCAAAUAGCUCGCUGUAAAGAAUAUAAAAUAGAACAUCUCAUUUUAAGUCAAUUACAACAAUGUUGUAUAAUUAAAAGAUUCACAAUAUAAAAAAUUAAUUUAUUAUGUAUGAUUAUUGAAUAAACAAUUAUUGAAUAAAAACAUAUUUCUGUACUUCAAUAAGAACAUGUUUUAAUUAAAAAUCACAAUGUUUUAUUAUUUCAAGGCUAAUGUGAUAAUAAUAUUAAAAUAUAAAUUAUAUGAUAAAUAUAUAUAUCUAUUAAACAUUACUAAUUUAAAUUACUACAGAUUACUUAUGAAAGUCAAAGGAUUUAAAAAUUAUGAUCUUCAAAUGAAACAAACAUAUGAUAUUUCAUCAUAUAAUCAGAAAUUGAAUUAUUUAAGGCGGAAACAUUAAAUUUCUCACCUUUUGGUUGUACCGUUUUUACAGUAACAGUUUGCUGAGCAAAUUUAGCUGCAAUUAUUAAUUUUAAGGUAUUCGGAUUGCCCUCGUUCGUUGAAAUAUUCAUUUUUACUAAUAAGUUAAUAAAUAUUCACAAUAAAUAGAUGAAAAUAUUUUCAGCACACAACCGACACAUGUGAGCGACAAGUAAAUGCAGUCUGGAAGCGGAUGCCACGAAUAGUUUCACAGCACAUUGCCAAUCUAACCUGAACCUGCUAACCUCAAAAUUUUAAAAACACUUUUUCAUUCAUAUUGUUCACUUAAUAGUACCCAUUACAAUGUUUUUGGUUAUGAAAAAUGAAAUCAUGCAACGUAACUAUUUAUUUAUUUAAUGUAACGUAAUAUCGAAUUGAACAAGCACUAAAUGACAGUUGGUAAUACCGAAAGUUAUUGCAUCUAUGAACAUUUUAAUUGUGACAUUUAAUAACACUAUAUAUUUAUUAUCAAUUAAUAAUUUAUUAUCAACGAAAUCUAUAAAUGUAAACACUCUGGUUUAUUUUUUAUUUCUAAAUGUUUUUCUUUCAUACAAUAUUUAAAUACUUUUGUAGGUACAAAUUUACUGGAUACUAGUGUCCUCUGGUGUGAACUUUAUACAUUAUUGAAGGAAAUUUGAUUUUGUAAUAUCGUAGUUAAUUUUAACAUUUCAAUUUUAUAAUAAUUCUAAUUUAUUAUUGAUAUUAGUUGAUGGUAAUAAUAUGUAAUAUAGAAUAUUAAUUUAAUUUAUAUAAUAAUUUAGUAUAGAAUUUUACUGUUUUUAAAUAGAUUAUAUGAAAUAAAUUUUUUAGGGGAAAGAGUUAUCAAUUCAAUAGUGUAAAAUUAUUUCAACUUCAAAAGAAAAUGAUUGUUUUAUUAACUUGGGUCUUUAUAAGUCGUAUAUUGUUAUCAAAUUGUGCAGAAAACAUUGUACUAAUCAUUGCUGAUGAUUUGGAUAUAUUUCUUGAUGGCAUGUUCGUUGCUUCGCCUAUCUGUUGCCCAAAUAGGGCAUCAAUUUUAACUGGAACAUAUCAACAUAAUCAUUUAGUAUUAAAUAAUUCAAUUAGCGGAGGCUGUAAUAGUAUUAAGUGGCAAAGGAUACAAGAACCAAAAACAUUUGCAGCAUAUUUGAAAAAAGAAAUGCUUUAUACAACUUUUUAUGCUGGAAAAUACUUAAAUCAGUAUGGAGAUAAGGUAGUAGGUGGAUCUGGUCAUGUACCAAUAGGAUGGGAUUGGUGGGUUGGGCUUAUUGGGAAUUCAAAAUAUUAUAAUUACUCCUUGUCAAUAAAUGGAACUGAAAGAAUGUUUGGUAAUAAACCAAAUGAUUAUCUUACUGAUGUAAUCAGUGAUUUGGCAGUAGACUUUAUUAAGGCACGUAAUCCAAAUAGUCAACCAUUUCUUAUGGUUUUAGCACCACCUGCACCUCAUGCACCUUUUACACCAGCAAUGAGGCACAUUGAUAAAUAUAAAGAUGUGAAAGCUAAAAGAACACCUAAUUUCAAUGUACAGACUCAAAUGGAUAAGCAUUGGUUAGUGCAAAGGGGUCCAUCUCCACUUCCUGAUAAUUUAUUGCCUAAGUUAGAUGAAAUCUAUAGAAAAAGAUGGGAAACAUUGUUAGCUGUUGAUGAGCUUGUAGGAAAUGUAUAUCAAACUUUAAAAAUGGAAAAUCUUUUAGAUAAAACUUAUAUUGUAUUUACUUCUGAUAAUGGAUAUCAUAUUGGUAUUUUAUGCUUAAGUCAAUUCAGUAUGCCAAUAGAUAAACGUCAACCAUAUGAAACAGAUAUUAGAGUUCCAUUAUUAAUACGAGGUCCUGGAAUUAAACCAUCAAAGAUUGUUGCACCUAUUAGCAGUGUUGAUUUAUUUGCAACAAUUUUAGGAAUAGCUGGUAUACAGCGUCCAUCAGAUGGAACAUCAUUUUUAAAAAAAAUAUUACCAAAAAGUAGAACUCUGUUAAUAGAGUAUAGAGGCGAAAGAUCUAGAGGUAUUCCAUUCUCAGGUUGUCCAAGUGAUUAUGAUCCAAAUCUUGCAUUAUGUUCUAAAGAUAUGGCGUGUAAAUGUCAAGAUGUUGCGAAUAAUACUUUUAGUUGCAUACGACAUAUAUCUUCAAAAUUUAACAAUAUUUUCUGUGUUUUUGAAGACAAUAAGCAUUAUAUUGAGGCAUACAAUAUAACAACAGAUAAAUAUCAAAUGGAAAAUAUUGGAUAUACUAUGAAGCCUCAUCAUAGAUACAGAUUAAGGAAAAAUCUUAAAAAAAUGAGUAUUUGUAAAAACGAAGAAUGUGUUGUUACAAAUAUGGAAUAUACAUAUGUUUAAGUAUUAACAUAUUGCGGAUAGUGACAUUAUUACAUAUAUUUUAAAUUUAC